UGCCCUGGUUGUCCUGGAAGUGGCAUGUUUACAUCUAAAGAAAAAGAUGUUUGCUGAGAAAAGUUGAAGGUGUAACUGAUCAGUUUAUCAUCACAGAAAUCAUACACUUACUUGGUUACAUGAGCACAGAUUCAAAGAUAUUGGAAUAAAAGAUGGAUUUAUAAAUGAAUCAAAUAGGGAUUUAAAAAUGAUUAUUGAAUAAUAAAAUUAAAGGAUAUCAAACAUAUACAGGGCCUAUAUCAAUGUAUUAUUGUGUUGCCAUGGAUAUAUUUAAGCAUAGAUUCUAAGAAUCAUUAAUCAAAAUGGACAUUCCAUGAACAAUGAGGAUUAAGGAAGCUACUGAAAUAUGUGUGUUCUUAAGACAAAAAUGAUACUUUGUUGAUUUGAAAGUAACAAUUAAAGUUGUAUACUCAGAGAAAAAUGUGUUCACACCCAAAUACAGAAAAGAUUUAUAGAAUUGAUUUGUUCAAGGUUCAUUUAUUCAAAGACAAACACUUGGAUCAAUACAUGUCUAAAUUGUGACAAACAUUUUUAUUUUGCCAAUGGAAUAUAACCUUCAACAAGAAAAACAUGGAUGAAUUGAGCAGCUUUCAUCACAUUUGAAUAGAAAGCAAACAAAAAGCCCCAUUGAUGUACAAAGUUCUCUUUUAAUAAAAUGUUAACUUUUCAAAGUCGCAAAAUGCUUAUUUGCUUUCAGUCUGAAUGAAGGGGGCAAGCCAAAAACUCUGAAAUUCAAGAGAGUAAAUGAAAUUGUAUCUCAUAAUGUGAUUUGAAGUUUUAUAAACGAUAUGCAACAAUAUUACAACCAUAGCAUAACAGGCCAUAAGUUACAGGCCAUUGUUUAUGUAGUAAAUUAAAGACUGCCUCAUAAAAACAAAUUCAAAGAAUAUGGAAUAUAAUCUAUAGUAUACAUGUAUGAGCGCACCCCUGGGAAACCUGAGAAACAGACCAUUGUAGCAUUAAGUUAUUCUACCAAAUAACAAUAAUAGCUUUUAGGUUAAAAAAUAAAUUGUCGUUAAGGACAUUACCCCCAUUGUAAUAUAGAAAACAUUAAGAAGAAAAACAGAUUCAGACAUGGCCUUCAUCAUAUAGCCACACACAUGGACAUUAAAAGAUAAAAGCAGAACAGUUAGGGACAACCAGGGUGGAAUUAUUUGGAUUACAUAAAUUGUGACACGAUAAACAACAAGAAUAAAAGUAAAUGAAAAACAAAAAUCAACAAUUGAGAUGAAGAUUUGGACAAAGGUGGAUAAGAAUUAUCCCAAAUAGCGUCAGAUUCAUGAUUAAAAUGAACAACAUACACAAUACACUUCAACUAAAUUCAAUACUUUGACAACAUAUAAAAACAUUCAUUGAGCAAACUUAAUUAUUCUGGAGACUAAAUCAAAGAACUUCAAGAUGAAUCGUUGGAAGCAUCUCGGGGAGAAGAAUAAGUUGAAAAUAACAACGGGGAAUAUGUAUGAGAGAGUUGUCAGGGUAAUAUCCAAGGAUCAAAUAUCUCGAACAAAAGCUGAAGUAGAUGUCAUAUUGCCAUGGUUACGGAAGAAAAGUCAGUUGUUAAACAAAAUGGAUAAAAAUGUGAUAAUCUCCAUUAUCCAGAACUGUGUAUACCAAGUGAACAGCAAAGAUGAUGUGGUCAUCAAACAAGGGGAGACUGGAGACAGUUUCUUCAUCAUUCUCAAUGGACUUGUCGGUGUGUACAUUGACAGUAAGAAGAGUGGUGAAGACAAACCACCUCCAGCAGAAGUUCCUGACAAAAGCAAGACAGAAGAAGAGAAAGCAAUGGAACAGUUGUUCGGCAAACAAAAGAAAAAACUUGACAAGAGCAAAUAUGGAAAAUGUGUUGUGCAAUUUGGUGGUGGUAAAAGUUUUGGAGAGUUAGCCCUGAUAGAACCAGAAGCUAAGAGGAAUGCUACAAUCAUAUGCCAUGAAGAUACAGACUUUCUUGUCAUUCACAGGGAGCUAUAUAACUCAACACUGAAGGCAUUCCAAGAAGCUGAUUACAGAGACAGACAUACAUUUGUAGAGACAAACCCUUUAUUCAAGAAAUGGCCUAAGAAACUAAAACAACUGCUUAAGAUGAGCUUCAUCAAGGAACUGUACUCGUAUGAUACAAAGAUUGUCAAACAAGGUGAUCCUAUAGCAGGACUUCAUUUCAUCAGAAGGGGUCAGGCAAAGUUAGUAAUAGAGCAUGCACGUCAUGAUGAUCAAUACAUGUCCAUGUGGCCCUUUCAUGACAGCCAUGACAUGUUUGACCUGGAGAACAUCAAACGUCCUAAAAAAGCUAAAGAAAUCCGAGAUCACCCAAGAGUUGGGACUCCCCCUGCAAGACAGCACCAUGUGGAAGUGAGGAGGUUUGAGGGUUAUGCUGCUGCAGAGAAGCUUGAGAAGAAUAAAGUGAUUACUAUGUGUACAAUGGAGGAAGGAGAAGUAGUUGGGGACAUUGAAUAUAUCAAUGAUCUCCAAACAUAUCACGGAAAUGUGAUCUGCACUGUUGAGACUGAGGUGUACUUCCUGAAUUGGAAAAACUUUGAUAGAUUGAUAUCAAAGAAAAAUGCAUCAACAGUGGCCAGUUUAAGGCAAGGAGUCAUAUGCAAAUUGCAGUCAAGAGCGUAUACAAUACAAGGGGACCAUGUGCCCCUGUUGAGACAUUUACUAUUCAAGAUGACAGAUGAGCAGAAACCUGUCCAAAAGAAGAUCCCUCCAUUAAGAACCAGUAAGGACCUACCAGAGAAGGAUCUCUUACAAGCCCACCUUGUGGAAGCAUUCCAGAACAACAGGGCUGAGAUCCUUGCUCCUUUUGUACCAGGAUCAGUAUAUCUAAGGGAGAUGAUGAGAGAUAAGGCUAAAAUAAGGGAGAGUCAACAUGCUAAUAAAGUCAAAGCAGGUAGAGCCAGAGAAAAGAAAAAGAACAAGGAGCAAAGGAAACCUAGAUCUCUAAGACAACUGCGAGAAGCCCUAAUGAAGCGAGAUAUGCAGGAAAAGGCAGUGAACAGUGAGGUAGCCAGUAGGUUCAUGAAGGCUGUUGUGAAUGCUCAGUUGGCAAAAGGGAGACCAGAACAAACUGCAGACGAGAGAGUUGCUGAAUUUGAGCAACGUCUUGCUGAAAUGAACUAUAAGCCAAGUGGAUCCCCAAAUAGUGUAAAAGAUGAUGAUGUUGACUCAGAGGGUGAAAUAAGAGAUGAUGACACUAUAGUGUCGAUGGAAACGCAUCCAAACAAUCCGAAAGAAGAAAGGAUAAAUAGUCCAAAUAAAUUAGACCUACGACCUAUCUCUGAGGAGAACACAGAACUGUUACUCCUUGAGAGAAUAGCUGAAGAAGCUGAAGCUGCUAGGUUGAAAAGUGCUCCCAAAUCAAGGUUAGCUAGCCGUGGUAAAUCAAGGGGACAAAGUAGGGGUUUAUCAGGAGGUAGAAGCCGGAAUCAUUCAAGACUUGCAAGCAGAGGCCAGUCUAGAGGAAAAUCCCGGGGUAACAGUGGAGCACACUCACGCCUCUCGAGUACCAAAUCUAUGCGAUCAAGAGUCUCAGAUAGUAUCCAUCUUCCAUCAAUUAACCACACUCCAAAUAGCUUAGUAGCUUCAGAACCCCUUCCUUUAACCAGAGAUGAUACCCAUCUUACCUUUAUAACCCAGAGUAUCAUUGCGCAACAAGAGAUGACAGCUAAGUCAGAGCAAGCCCCCUCAGAAGCUGGAACGUCCAUAUCAAAGAUGACUGGAAUGACAAAUAUGACAGGAACCUCAAGUGUCAAGAGAAGGAAACGUAAACUAAAGAAAAAGGAAAUCGCUGUCAAUGCUCUAAAGCAAAGUCCAAAGAUGAAAUUCAUCAAUGCCUAUGUGCAAACUAAGAUCCAACAUGCAGAUAAAUUCCCUGAUUUCCGAGAUUUUGAGACCAGUGAUAAGACAUUGAGUUAUCUAGAGAAAAGGCUGCAAAACUUCCAUCUUAGGCUAGAGGAAAACAUACCACAUGAGGAAGGCAGGAAACUAGAUGUGCCAAUAUUACCCCGCCUGAAAAGAUAUGUGAGACCAGAUGCCAUACUUGGUGCACCAAAACCAGGUGGAAAGGUGCUUCUCAAGAAACAAGGAUGUCGUUUUGCAGAUAGUGAAUUCCCAAUAAAACAUGAACAUACUAAAUAUCAUAUAGUGGACACUUUACCGAAUUACAGACAGCUGGAAAAGACACGAUAUUAUAUGACAUUAUUCAUGGAUAAUGCUAUGAAGGCAGUUGACACACAUAAUCCCCUCAAGGAUAAACUCUCAUGGAACUGAUUUACUCUUCCAUUAUUACAUACAAUGUAAUGCAAUAUGUGACUGGAUCUGCAUAAUCCCAAACUUUAUUUUUGGAAAUAAGGACUAAUAUGGAUCAAUAUUCUAGCUCUGCUGCAAAGGAUUUGAUCAAAAUAAGAUUUAACCAUCAAUUGGUGGUAGUUAGGAAACCAGUAUUAUAAAACUAGGCGCAGCAGGAUAUAUACCAAAACAUUUAUCAAUUAAUUGCUUUUAUUUUUAUAUAAUAGUGAUUUUGAUGACUAGAUGUUUACAUUUUCAUUAGACGGUAAAAUUUUUCUAAUAAAAAAUCAUAAC